AGUCUUGCUCUUUCUAUUUCUCUCUCUUACUCAGCUCGUCUUCACAUCAUCACAUGUUCUUAUAUCUUUCCAUCAUAAUUGAAACCCCACUAAACUCAAAAAAUUAAAAAUUAAAAAUUAAAAAUUAAAAAAACUAAAUUAAUUUUCAACAAUCCCAACUCCUAAUUUCACACUAUGACAUUCUUCAGAUCCCCUGUUUUUUAUUUCCUUUUUUAUUUUUUGGGGAUUUGAGAUUUACCCUUUUAAAUUCAUUGAUUAAUUAACUCAUUUCAGCUUCUGGGUAUGUUUGUUUUAAUCAAAGAUUCAAUCUUUCUGCUAUUUUAAUUAGUGGGUAUUUCUCAUUUCUGCUUUUUUAAAAUGAUUUUUUGAAUAAAUUUUUGUGGGUCAUCUUUAUAAUCAUAAUCAACUUUCUCUGUCCUCCCAUCCCUUUCUUCUUCUCUUCUAUUUGGCGAUGUUUACAAGCUUUAUACAGUACGUCACUGUAUCCAGAGAGGGACUUUGGUAGGUGAUGAAGUAAAGUGGGAUCAAGGUGAAUUUAACUGAUGGACCGCCGGAGUUGGUUAUGGAGGAGGAGGUCAUCGGACAAAAGUCCGGGAGGCGAGACCGACAGCUCGAUAUCAGGAUCAGGAUCAGGAUCAUUAUCAUCUCCUUCUGAGAGGUUUUCAGAUGAGCACCAGGCAUCUCCAAAUCAAAAUACAGAAGUCACCUCGAAAGUUGCACCUCCUGAUGAAGAUGCCAAUGACGGUGUGAGAAUUCUGACUGAGAAACUAUCUGCUGCUAUUGCAACUAUUAGUGCAAAAGAGGAAUUGGUAAAGCAGCAUUCCAAAGUUGCAGAGGAAGCUGUUACAGGUUGGGAAAAGGCUGAUAAUGAGGUAGUCACUUUAAAACAACAGCUUGAUAUUGCAACUAAGAAAAACUCAGCACUUGAGGAUAGGAUAGUCCAUCUUGAUGGGGCCCUCAAGGAGUGCUUGAGGCAGUUGCGGCACAUGAGAGACGAUCAAGAUGAGAAAAUUCAAGAAGCCCUUUCUAAAAAGUCACAGGAUUCAGAAUCAAAAAAAUCUGAGUUGGAUGUCCCAAUGUCUGAUAUUCUAGCCCGACUUGAAACCGCGAAUGCUAAAGUGGCAGCUGCUGCCUCUUUGGAGUCUGAUCUUCGCCUCAAACUGGGUUCUGUUGAGAAGGAAAAUGCUUCUUUGCAUCUCGAACUCCGUUCUCGAACAGAAGAUUUAGAAAUAAGGACUCUUGAGAGGGAUUUAAGCACAAAAUCCGCGGAAACAGCCAGUAAACAACACUUAGAGAGCAUAAAGAGAGUUGCUAAACUCGAGGCUGAAUGCCGUAGGUUAAAAACCGUGGCUCGUAAAGCAACUUCAUUUAAUGACUCCAAGUCGGUCAAUGAUAGUCAAUCAGAUAGUGGAGAAAGGUUAUCUGAUUAUGAACCGAGCCAUUCAGAUUCAUGGACAUCUACCCUUAAACUUGGAAAAACUCCCUCAAAAACCCACAUGGCCCCACCUUCACCUGAUAUCGGUCUCAUGGAUGAUUUCCUAGAGAUGGAGAAGUUAGCAGCUCUUCCGGAGAAUGGAAAUAGAAGCUGCUCUCCUGGAACUGCAACUUCGAUUGACAAAUAUAGUAGCAAUGAACUUGAUGCCAUGUUAAAUAGAAUAGCUGGACUUGAGCAGAAUAUUGAGACUGUUGAAUCAGAAAAAACAGAUUUAGCUUCGGCAUUAUCUCAAUGCCAGAAUAAAUUGAAGAUUUCAGAAGCUCAGUUGAGUUCGUGUCAGAAUCAACUAAGGAUAUCACAAGCACAGUUGAGAGAAGCAAAUAAAAAGAUAGGGAUGUUUCAGGCUGAGUUGGAUUUGGCAAAUGAGUUGAGACAGGCGAUUGAUUUAGAGCUCGAUGAUGCCAAUGUAAGAAGGGAAGAGGCAGAGUCCCUUCAUAAAGCAAUUGAGGAAGAGAGAGAAAAUCUGCUGUCUGAAAUCAGUUUUCUAGAGGGUGAGACUGAAAAGGAGAGGGCUUUAUACACAGAUUCUUCAGCACAGUGUCGGGUUUUGGAAGAUGAACUUUCUAGAAUGAAACAUGAACUUGAAACAUGGAAAAAUCAGUUAACAUCUAUGAAUAAAUUGAAAGAAGCAGCAGAAUCACAUUUGAAGGAUGUAAAUGCAGAAACCAAAUCACUGCUUGCUAAGAUUGGAUCUUUGGAGAAGACGGCAGAAAAGGAGAGACAGUUGUCUGCAGAUUUUAGUGCUAAGUGUAAAAUGUUAGAGAACGAGCUUUCAAAAAUGAAACAUGAUGGUGAUACCAAAUCGCUGCGUGCUAAGAUUGGAUCUUUGGAGAAGACGGCAGAAAAGGAGAGACAGUUGUCUGCAGAUUUUAGUGCUAAGUGUAAAAUGUUAGAGAACGAGCUUUCGAAAAUGAAACAUGAUGGUGAUACCAAAUCGCUGCGUGCUAAGAUUGGAUCUCUGGAGAAGACGGCAGAAAAGGAGAGACAGUUGUCUGCAGAAUUUAGUGCUAAGUGUAAAAAGUUGGAGAACGAGCUUUCGGAAGUGAAACAUGAUGCUGACACGUGGCAAAGUCAAUUAGCUUCAACGAAAGGGUCGAAGGAUGCUGUUAAUCAAGAGCUUCAGAUGACAAAUGCAAAGAAAGAAGAAGCAGAAACACAACUUAAAGCCGUACUUGCCAAAGUUGGUUCGUUAGAACAUGAGGUGGAAAAGGAAAGGGCAAGGUCUUCAGGAUUAGCUGUUAAGUGUAGGAAGUUGGAAUUUCAGGUAUCGAACUUGAAAUCUGAAGCUGAAUUUCAGCUGUCAAACAUCAAAUCUAAAGCUGAAUUUCAGGUUUCACCGAUCUCAAAGGAGGAGUUGGAUAAACAGCAGGAAAAGGAGCUAGCUGUAGCUGCAACUAAAAUGGCAGAGUGUCAGAAGACGAUUGCAUCACUUGGAAACCAACUGAAAUCCCUCGCAAAACUCGAGGAUCUCUUCUUGGAUUCAGAGAAUUUGUUGGAGGUAUCUGAAAAAGAGUCACAGCUUCUUCAUAAUGAUGAAAAACCAGAUACAUUAUCUUCUGAAACUGCUCAAAAUACUUCAACAACCAGUAAAGAGGAUGACCAAAAGUCAGCAAAAGAUGAUGCUAAAGCGGCUAUGUCAUUAGAGAAGAGGGAUAAACAUGGUUUUGGAAACUUAUUUUCGCGAACCAAGAGCACAGCUAGAAGCUAGAAUCCGUAAGAAUGAAUUACGAAGUAUAAGAGUUGAGAUAAAAAUAAGUUCUGACGUAGUGUUUAUCCUGAAGCCAGUGCCGCGGAUUUGUACAUCAUUACUUUUGUGUACAGGCAAUUUUAUAAACUUAUGUUAACUCUGUUGAUCCACAUUUUUGAUUGGCAAGGUAUAAAGAAAGUUUUGUAUAUCUCUA